AUUUCUUUCCUGUUACACGCUUUUAUAAUAAAUGAACCUAUUUGCACGUCAUUGAAUGGUAUUGAAAUAAACACUAAACGUAUUCAUAGAUAAAAAGAAAAACAAUAAAGAAGGGGAGUGAAUGGGGGCUUUUCAUUGUGGGCGUGCUUGGGAAAUUUAGUUAAUAUAUCAAUGAUCGGUUGUAGAUCGAAGGAUUAAAUGGGGUAUGGAGAUUUCGAUGCCCUUUUCAUUGAGCAAAAAGGGUGCCCGUUGUUACUUUUUUGGUCCUUCUGACCAUUCAAUGACCGUCUUCCUUGCGAAUCCUUUCCUUUACGACAAUUCCUCAUCCUGUAUUGCUAAAAGAUUGACUCCGAAUUUUUGUUAUAUUAAAUUAAACUUUUUUUACAAAAAAUAUAUAAAAGUCAUCCCUUUGUCCAUUCUUCUUCUUUUUUCUUUCGAGUCUUUUUUCUUAUGAAUCAAAAUACUGAAAGAAAGAAAUCAACAUCUCCCAGUAUUCAACAGCCAUCUCCAUUAUCUACAGAAUCACCUUCAGCCCGCCAAAGGGCUCCUUCUUAUCCGAACGGGAUCACUUUUUCACCCACACUGACUGAAAGUCAGCACAAGUACUUGACCUAUCUGGAGAAAAGAUCAGCUCACAAUGCCUUGGAAAGACAACGAAGGGAAGGCCUGAACUCAAAGUUUCAGGAACUAGCCCAUGUGCUGCCUUCAUUACAACAAGUGAAAAGACCAAGUAAAAGUAUGAUUGUUGCUAAAUCACUCGAAUUUGUAUCGACAGCGACAAAAAGAGAAUCCGAAUAUCGAGAUGAAUUACUUGCCCUUCGUAAAGAGAAUGCCCAGCUCCUGAGACAGGCAAGUCUUUGCAAAAAGCGUCGAAAGGAAGCCAUUGAUCAGUCAAGGCAAUCCGAUGCUAAGCAAUCCGUUGAUUCCGUUCUAACACCCAUCAUCAAAUCAAAAAGUUCAGCUGGUAAAUUAAAGCCUCAGAUACGUGAGCCUUCUUCUUCAGCAACGCCACCACCCUCUCCAUCUCACCUGACUAAACGAAAGAGAUCAACAGACGAGUCAGUACGGGAAGAUCAAGAACCGGACAAAAAGAAACACAAAGUACAAGUGUCCUGUCAUGCUGGCGAUACAAGUAGACGAUCGUCUGCGUCUUCUAGUGCAACUGCUCCUACAACCACGCAACGAUAUAAUCAAUUCCGCAUGAUCCACAAUUCAUAUUCGCCUAUCAUGACGGAUUUUUCACAAAACUUGGUAUAUACUUCGUCACCUCCAGAGCCUCACGUUGUACCACUGAAUGCAAACUCGCUUGUGUCCUCAAUACCAGCUGUCAGAACACCUGUUGUUAAUAUAGGCAAUCAACCAGAACAACAACAACAACAACAACAACAACAAAUGCAACCCAUAUAUGACGUUAAUCUCUUUGAGAUUUUUUCUCCAAUUAUGCAAGAUGCUUCUUUUGAUGAUUUACCCUAUCCUUGGGAAUACUAAACACACAAUAUAUUUAAUACUAGCUAUACCCCCUUCCAUGUUUUUUUAAGACCAAUCUUUUUUUAUGCAAACUAUAGUGUAUAUGUCCUUACAAGGCAUGGUCUUUUGUUUGGUCUGAAUUUGUUCUUUUUAUAUUGAAAAAGGGAAAAUAUAUAUAUAAUAAUGUAAAUAUUCUUUUAUUAUUUAUUUUCA